GUGGCGUUGUUGAGUGUUAGCAUGAUGAUGCGCGGUCGGAGUGCAUUAUUUAUUGUGAGGUCGACGUUCGUGUAAUAUUAAAUCACAUUCGUGCAGUCAACAUUGUUCAGCAGGAAUUCCGUGUUGAAUUUGAAGACGUCCAUAUCAAAACGAACAUUUUAGGAGAGACUUUACAUUUUGAGAAUUUUAAUUAUGGGUUCGUGCUCAUCUACUAGUAGUACGCAGACGAGACCACAGUCUAACACUAAAACUAAUGGCGUCCCACAAUCUAAACCCAUAGAGCCACCUACUAAGGCACCCCAAAAACCAGAAGUACAGAAUAACAAACAUAUAGAAGAAGAACAACACACGGGAUCAGCACCUCCACCCAAAGAACCACCGAAGGAAGAAGAAGAAAAGAAAGAUGAAGAAAAGAAGGUUGAAGAAAAGCCAACAGAAGAACCAAAAGUAGAAGAGCCUAAACCCGCUGUAGAAGCAGCACCAGAACCAGCUGUAGAAGAAUCUAAACCAGAAGAGCCAGCUUCUGAAACUCCAGCACAAGAGCCCGCAGCAGAAACAACUGAACCUUCGGAACCCCCCACAGAAGAAAAACCAGCAGAGGCAUCACCGGCUGAAGAAGCACCAGCAGAAUCAACACCAGCUGAAGAAGUUCCAGCAAAUGCAGCACCUGCUGAGGAAGCACCAGCACAAACAACACCUGCUGAAGAUGCACCACCUCCAGGUGAUACAGAAGAGGUAGCACAGGAAUUACCAGCAGAGAAUUCAAGACCUGAAGAAACCCCUGCAGAAACAGCUCCAGAAAAUACAUCAGAAGAACCAGAAAAUACAUCAGAAGAACCAGAAAAUGAAGAAACGACAGCUGCAGAACAAUCACCCGCAACAGAAGAAACACCAGCAGCAGAAGAGACACAGUUGGAAACAGAAGAAACACCAGCAAAGGAAGAAACGGUAACAACAGAAGAAACACCAGCAGCAGAACAGACACUAGAUACAGAAGAAACACCAGCAACAAAAGAAACACCAGAAACGUUAGCUGAAGAUGCUGGAGAAGCAGCUUCAUAAAAUGAUGAUUAUCCUUUCUGUGUGUUCUUCGUUUGAAGUUUAAAAAGACAUUUUCAGCUCUUCCAACUUUAAUU